GCUGCUGCUGCCCACGACAACUGUGUGACCACGACGACCGAGAGCGCGCCCUCCUCUGCUGCUUCACAGCAAGAGAGCAGCCGGCCGGCCGGUCGUCAAGUCAGUCAGUCAAUCAAUCUAGAGUACAACUACCAGAGCACUUCGGGCGAGCGCGUGUUCUUCUCGACUGGGCAGAGCUUCCCCGCGGUCGUCGUCGCCGUUCCUGUCGCGGCUCUAUCGGAAACCUCGUGAUCGAGUUCCGGGCUCGUCAUGUGGCUAAAACUUGUCUUUGUUUGUUUGUGGGGAAUUCACUUCUCCUCAGAGGAUCCACUCUAUCCCUCGGAGAGUGACCCGAACUUCAUGAAGAUGUUCGAGCGGAAGUACGCAAAUCUCGUCCAGAUCGAUCAGAACAGAUGUCUCCAGAAACUGACGUGCAUACUCGCUAAAAACGAGUCCUCGUUCGAGGAUCCGGUGAUCGCACACAUCGUGCGAGACUUCGAAUCAAUCAAAACGAUUCAUAGCAACUCCCCUGCGUUCCUCUUCCUCGCUGCCUACCAGACCGGGCUCAGCAAGCAGAAGUGUGAAAAGGCGUAUCCCGAAUGUCCAAUCGGGUUCGUGGCGGAUGAGCGUUAUUUGGACGAUGAAGAAGAAGACGUGGCCGGAGCCGUGGAAACGGACACCACAACUACUACUGCAAGCUCGAAACAGCCCGAUGACAUAUUGUGAUAAAACCUGUAACUGAGACGAUUGCUAUCAACAAGAAACCAUGCUAUAUUGAUAUUGUAUCUUCCAAGCUCCAGUGAGCUGGAUGCCUGUAUCUGCUAAUCGUAAGGUUGACACUGGCAGCUCCUGAUUCUUCUUAUGAUUAUUAUUAAUUCUCACGGGCGAAUUAAAGGUUCACGAAUCAGGCGCUCGAGUUCACCAGACCGCCAGUUCGCACUCGCCGUCCCACGUGACCAUCCGCGAUCUUCCAAUGCUAUCGAUGACUUCAGUCAGACCCGAGAGGGAAGUUCAAUACGAGCUUGGAUGAUAUCAACAACGUUCAUUUUUUUCUCCUCAUAAGAUAUAUCACAGUUUUGUGGAUAUCGAAAUCCGGAAGCCGUUCGAGCGUAUUGUCAUAAAAUUGCACGCUACAGAGGCAAGAAUCGAAUACCGAAUAUAUUAUAUACACAGUGCUUU